AUUCACAUUAGAUCACGUUGUAGAUUCAUUCUCCACUAGCAUUUUGUCUGCAGAAUGCUCUGUCGUCUUGCAAUAUUCGGCAUAAUUUUCUGUUUUCUUCUAAUACCCGGGGUAUUAGGACAACUUGUGUUAGGCCCGGGCACUUGGUCGAUAGUGAACGUCCAGCAAUGCGAGAAUGGUGAGAAGUACCCGGCGAAGAUGCAUAUCCGAAAGUUCAAACUGAAUCGCACGCACGACGCUUUCGACGUCGAUACUUAUUUUGGUCCGGACGUCGACGAAACUUUUGGCAUUCGUUUAGUACUUUACAAGAAGGUGGAUGGCGGAUUCAAACUUUUCAUGACUCUGGCCGAUGAUAACUUGCCACGUUUCGUUAAAGCAUACUCCGCAAAGAAUAUAAAACAUGGGCUCGAGUUAGCUGGGAUUAUCCCGCCAGACUUCCCUGUUCCUAGAGGCGAAUUACACAUAAGGGACUUCGUUAUAAAUGUAGAUGAACUGGCUCAAGAAGGCAUGUAUGGCGACUUCCUGGGAUACGGUUAUAUAAUAAAAGAUCUGCGAGAUGUCGCUUGCAUGAAGGUUUAUUACAAAUAUGAACCGAACGACGAUAAAGGGCCAGUAGGUCGGUGGUUCAAAAACAGUUAGUCUUAACAGCGAGGGG